CAACAGCAACAUGACAGAGGAAAGCUUCUCAGUAAAAGUCUACGUGUACGACUUAUCGCACGGAAUGGCGGCGGUGUACUCACCCAUGAUCUUGGGCAGCCGAAUCGACGCCAUCUACCACACCUCGGUGGUUGUAUACGGGAAAGAGCACUACAUUGACCAAGGAAUAAAAUCAUGGCCCGAGCCAGGAACCACCAAGUACGGAACUCCCAAGGAGGUCAUUGACAUGGGCCACACCUACGUGACGGAAGACAUCCUUGAAGAUUUUUUGGACGAGUUGAAAAACCACGAAGAGAUGAAAUACUCUGCCAUCAAAUAUGAUUUAUUUGAUAAUAACUGUAAUCACUUCACCGAUGUGCUAUUAGAGUUUUUGGUUGGGAAGAACUUGGAGGACCGUAUCUUGAAGCUCCCCCAGCAGGUGUUGAGCUCGCCCAACGGCGAGAUGCUCAAGCAGUUGCUUGGAAACGCUGGUGGCGCCGGUAACGCUGCGUAUGGUUUUUAGAUAAAUAUUAUGUGUUUGUAUAUUGUGUGUAGAGCGAGUAAUUGCAAAAUGAUUUCACAC